CGCUCCAGGGGGCGGGAGCAUUUCAGCUGCGACUGUCAAGAUUGGCAAAGUGCUGGCGCUGCUGCUGCUGCAGGUAAAACAAACGAGCGACAGGAAAAAACAAAACAAAACCUUCUCCUGGGCAGAAAGCCCGCAGAGGUAUGGAAACGCGGGAGCCGCUUCGAGACAAACCAGACGCACAAACGGACUUUUAAUCGGGCGGGGAAGCGCAACACCUUCGACAGCGUGGAAGAAAGUGUCAACCAUCGUCGCGUCCACGCUUUGUGCUGCAAACAACUUGGACAGCUGCGUGUUUUCAAGCCAUCAACAAAGAAUGAAAGCGUUGAAACGAGCUUCGGAGGAAGAGCAUCGCCCGGAGCAGGAGCACUCCUCGGCCGUGUCGGACAGCGACGAUGGCUCCCCGCUCGACCUGUCGGGAAGAGGGCUCCUCGGGAAGCGCCGCCGCCGUGGCAACCUGCCCAAAGAGGCCGUGCAGAUUCUGCGGAGUUGGCUGUAUGAGCAUCGUUUCAACGCCUACCCAUCGGAGCAGGAGAAACUCAGCCUGUCGGGCCAAACCAAUCUUUCUGUGCUCCAGAUCUGUAAUUGGUUCAUUAACGCUCGGCGCCGCCUGCUCCCCGACCUGCUCCGCAAAGACGGCAAAGACCCAACCAAGUUCACCAUUUCUCGUAAGGUCGGCAAAAGCGAGGCUCCCGGCGCCCUGGAAGUGGGCGCCUCGACGAGCUCCACCCAGCAGCGCCCGUCUGUGAUCCGCUCCACCCCCACGCUGGACCUCAGUCUGCUGGGGAACACGGCAACCGCCAUCCUGGCGGGAGCGGGGUACCCGGGCAAGGGGGGGUCCGUGCAGGCGCUCAUGAAGCUGGACACUCAGAGCCUGCUGAAGGAAGCCGAGGAGAGGGGGGCGCCGUUGGCUGCAGGAGCCAGCCCCUCCGGUGGGCUCUUCAACACACCUCCCCCAACCCCCCCAGAGCUGUACCCCACCCAGGACUUCAGCGAUUUGAGACUCCUGGUGGACGCGGCUCUGCAGAGGGCUGCCGAGCAGGAGAAGCUGAAGGAGGACAAACCUCCAGAGGCUCUGAAGGCAGAGCUGGUGGAUACAAAGAUGGGGGUUUACAGGAAUGACAUGGGGCCCACCCCGCCCCCAGAGGAGCAGGUCAUGGACCCCUCCAGGGUGCAGAGUCUGAUGGAGAGAGCUAUGGCCGUUCCAGAUGCUGUCAAAUCUUCUGUGCCCGCUCCAGUCUUCCUCUCAGCUUCCAGGAUGUCUCCUCUUCCUCUGAGUAAGGUCAUCUGGAGCCCCCUGGAGAGAUCCUCCAGUCCCAACCAGCUCAUCCCGGCCCACCUGCCAACCCUAGUGCCGAUGUCUGCCUUAGUUCUGGAGACGCCAGAUUCCAAAAAACCAGCUGCUGCUCCAAACCCACCUCCCAGCCAAGACGCAUCAGAACCAGCACCGAAGCCGGUCCCAGCCUCUAAAAGUCAGGACUCGCCCCAGACGGCCUCCAUCGCGGUCCCCCUUCACCUGCCGUUCUACCCGGCCCUCUCCAUCCCGCUGCCCGCUCCCCCUGCCCUCCCUGCCUCGACUGUCGCUCCAGCUGCAGCCCCGACCACGUCUGCGAUCACCCCCCUUCUGGGCCUCAGCGCUCUGCAGCCCCCCUCCUCAGCCAGCAGCGCUCCGCAGAGGAAUUUGGCCGUGGAGCCCGGCGUUUGGAGCAUGGCUCACACCAACGCCCGUCAGAUGGUAAAGACCCCCGUCACCCCAGUGUGGGGGCCGCAGCACAACCUGCACAAAAUGAGCGAACCUGUGAACUAGAGUUUUAUCUGCAUGAGCUCCACAGACUCUCUUAGACUAGUGUACAUAACUCUGAGAAUGUAUUUUCCUCCCGACUGCAGAGGGGCUCUUUUAUCCUUUAAAACACUGUUAGACAGAAACGGCUUCUAGAGCUGCAGUCUCUCCGACUCGACAUUCCUCACGGUAAAUGUUUUGUUUGGAUCUUUCUGUUACGAUUCAACAUCCCUGGCUUGUAUUGUUGUAGUCAUCAGCGCAGCACAGUUCUUCAGUCGUCUUGCUGGACUCGAUUGAAUGUAGAAAAACCGUUUGUGGCAUUGAUUUCACCUCAUUUGAGUGAAUUCUGGUUUUUAUUCCUUCUACUCAUCCCAGGUUUCUUCUUCUUUUUUUUUGUUCUUUUGGGUCGUUAUGAAAUGUCACCACCGAUGCUGAGUGCCAAUUCAAAGCUAUCUUUUUGUUUUGAUGUCUGGAUCCGUCAGAUCGGUUCGUUCUUUCACGGGAUUUAGCCUAAAGUUGAGUAGAGUAGUGCAGAAUACGACUUUAUAUGUUUGGAGGAUAGAAGCAUGACACUUUUGGGUUACAAAAACCGUCUUUCAACUAAACAAAUGUAGCUGUUUUUGUACGAGAUCAUCUAGUUUGUUCAGAAUAGUUUCUAAUCAUCCAUAAAGCUGUAGUUUCUGUGAAACUGUUGGGGUUAACCAUAAUGCUGAAUGCUACCAUGAUAGUAUCUAUUGCCAGUAGCAGUGUGUGGAGUGUUCCUGUCGCAGUUUGUUAGUGCUGUUGGGGUUGACGUCGACCAUCUCCACGGUCGUUCGGGUGGAAGCUGCGAUUCCUCCUGGAAAAACCUCCACGGUUCUCCGUUUCAACGCUCGGCUGAAGCCGGUUUGUUGUUUUCCGCCUUGAUACCUCACAUUACAGUCGUGUGUAGAGCACCGUGUUGUGUAGGACUCUAAAUGUUCAUCCCUCUGAUCGCUGAUACUGGAAAUAGCUGGCAGGACGAUUAGGUUUUAUACGGCAAUUGUUCCUGGUUUUAGAUGCAAACUGACACAAACCGAUGUAAAUAGUUGGUGAACUUUUUUCUUUGUGCUGGCGUUAGCUCAGUCUCUUUACGGGAAAGUUCAUGUUGUGAAUGACUGUUGGCGGUCUGAGCGGCUGCUGUGCCUUAAGCUUAUGUCUGAGGGGUCCUCCCUCUUUAUUUCGUUCCUCUUUUUGGUUUAUUUUUUUAUAUAUUAUAAACUCAAUAGUCUGUGCAAUACAUGCCUUAAACUUUAAAUGUGUUUUUGUAUGAACAUUUCAAAGAAAUAAAAGUUGAAUUUUUCAUAAA